AUGCAGCACCGGUUAAGGUCACUGGCGGUAUUGUGCUUAGCGUUAGUGGCAAUGGUGCAUGCGGCUCGUAUCAAGAUACCAGCGAAGAGCCGCAACGAUGAUCUGUUCUCCGAGGACGAGUUCACGUUCCCGGUCGAGGAUAAGAAAGAUCCGUCCAAGUUCAGCGGCAACGUCAUGAAGGCAUCGAUCGUAAUGGCGGAGGUGCGCAACCAGGGCAAAGGGAAGUUCAAGUACGCUGUAGAGACGGAGAAUGGCAUCGAAAUCGAGCAGAUUGGCAAGCUGCGCAACGACUCCAAGACGUUCGUCGUCAUGGGCUCCUACACGUACACAGGUGCCAAUGGCAAGCGGUACAGGGUGCGCUACACGGCCGACGAAUUCGGCUACCACCCGAUCACCAUGCUGGACUUGGAGAUUCCCGAACUUAACAAGGCACCGCAGCCAACCCAACGAACCUCUAGACCGUUUACAACUCGUUCCACAACGCCUCGUCCCACGAAGCCGACAACGACGACAACGACGACAACCACCACCACCACUACGCCAGAACCAGUGACUUUGGACGAUGGGUAUCACUAUGAUCGACCGAACAAUGCCUACCUACCGCCCAACAACGAGUAUCUACCACCUCAGGAGCCGGAUAUCGAUUAUCUACCGCCGAAGCAGUCGCUGGAAGAUGCGCGCCUCAACUAUCAAGAACCGAUCGAUGAGUUUGUACCGCCCAAGGAAUACGAUCUUAGGAAUGGCUUCUAG